UUGAUAAUCAAGAUCAUUAUCAACUUAAUAGAGAUUGAUUAAUGUAAUAUGGUUGAAAAACCUUACAAUGAAAAAGUAAAGUAAAUAGAUUAGAGUUAAAAAAUUGAAAUUUAUGAUUAGAAAGAAAUGAAAUUAUUAAAGGUUUGGCUUAAAGACAGGAAAGAAGCUGAAUAAAUCAGAAAUAAGGGAAAGGUUGAAAAGUUCUACUAUGGAUUCAUAUAAUCUCACCUUUUAAUUUAAGAGUACAAAAGAGUAUUAAAAUUUAACUAAUUUACUAAUGAUUUGAACAAAUCAACUAAAAAAAAGCUGGAAGGCAUAGCUUUAUUAAAAUUUUUACCUGAAACUCCUUAAAUUGAACCUAAAAGUUACCAGCCUCAUCUAGAUUUAUACAAGUUUUGAUUAAUUUUAUGUGAAACUAGUGGG